AAGCAUUUAACUUGACAGCUUGUCACAUUUUCAUUGUCCAUCACCCGAAAAUGGCCCCGUAGAAAUUAUUAAACGAUAAACAUUACAUACAAUCAAUCUCAUACGAAAAUGGUUACAUUAGGCGUGUCCAAAGCUGGAAUUGUGAUCUUUUUCACCGGAUUAACUCUCGGUAUCAUUUUUACGUAUUACAUAUCACCAAGUCCGCCAACGUUGACAACGCCCAUUACAACUACGACAAUUUACAUCCCUGAAAGCCCACAUGAUACUGGACACAUGCUCACACCACAGACAAAUGUUUUAACUAACGAACUGGCAUGGAAAGACCAGCUGUCACACAGUCACAAAGAAGAAUCAAACGAGGUUGCCCGCAUGCUUCAUGACAAGGUGAGAGUGUUGUGUUGGGUUAUGACCAAUCCAGCUAACCAUGACGCCAAAGCAAAACAUGUCAAAGCUACCUGGGGGAAACGAUGCAAUAUUCUGUUGUUCAUGAGUUCUAGCAAAGAUGAUUCCCUACCAACCGUGGUUUUACCUGUGACUGAAAGCCGGGACACCCUGUGGAAAAAAACCAAGCUCGCCUUCAAACAUGUAUAUGAGAAUUAUCUGGAUAAAGCUGACUGGUUUAUGAAAGCUGAUGAUGAUACUUAUGUCAUUGUGGAGAACUUGAGGCUCAUGUUAAAAGAUCAAGAUGCAAACAAAGGCAUCUACUUUGGCCGACACUUCAAACCCUACGUUAAAAAUGGUUACAUGUCUGGUGGAGCAGGAUAUGUACUCAGCAAGGAGGCUCUUAAGAGGUUGUACAAUGUCUUCGAUGACUCGUCCAAGUGUAGACAGGAUGAUGGGGGCGCUGAAGACCUGGAGUUGGGAAAAUGUUUGCAGGAAUGCGGCGUGGUGCCUGUAGACUCUAGAGAUGAACUUGAGAGAGAAAGGUUCCAUCCUUUUGUACCUGAACACCAUCUAAUACCUGACAUUUUGCCGAGUGAUAUGUGGUACUGGUCCUAUAAUAAACACCCAGCCAAACAGGGUCCUGAUUGCUGCAGUGACUAUGCCAUCAGUUUUCACUAUGUUAACCCAAACCUGAUGUACGUCCUUGAGUUUAUGGUCUACCACCUUAAACCAUAUGGAUACAAUACCAUCAUCAAGACAGACUGUGAUAAACAAACUGCCAAUGAAAACACUGCAAUUGUCUCUGAAAAUGUAAACCAGUUUAAAAUUAAGGGAGAUAAUUCUAAUGUUUUAAAUGUUUAUCCCAAUACGGCAAGUAGUGAAAUAAAAACCAAUAGUAGAAGGAAUUUAGUUGAAAAACAAUUAAUAGAUAAAGAUAAUGUAAAUACAGAAGUAGAUCAAGUUCAGGGUACUGAUAAUACUAAUGACGAUAUGAUGAUAGACAGAGAAGAAAAGGUUGGAAAUAAUGUUAAUGCAGAAAUCAAUGUAGAAAAGACAGAUUCUACUCUGGUAACUGAUGGCCCAGUAGCCAGACAAAGUCAACUGAAAAGGACAAUUCAUGGUAAAUUCAAGCGCAAACAUAAAGCUACAGAUUAUAAUCCAGACAGUGGCUCGUAAAAUAAGACAUUCCCAGGUUUAUAUGAAGUUUAAGAUUGGUGUGAUUGGCUUAUAUUUUUCAAAAUCAUUAUUGGUUUGUUUUGUAGAGUUUAAAAGUUAUAUUAUAUUGUGUACAGGCGCGACUUUUUCUUUUUCGCCAAUGCAUGCAAUAAGUUUACAUUAAAGAUGAGUUGGAAUAGGAGCAAUAGAGAAACAUUUAACAAAGCAAAAACAAUAAUAUAUUUCAAUUAAGAUUUCUCCUUUUCACAUGUAAGGAUUAGAUGUACAUGUAUUAGCAUUGUAUUUCAUCGGUGUAUGAGAACUUUCAGUCAUUGUACAGUUAGAGGAGUCCAAAGGACUUGGGAUCAUCAAUAUAUGAAAACAUUCAGUCAAUGUACAGUUAAUGGAGUUCAAAGGACUUGGGAUCAUCAAUAUAUGAAAACAUUCGGUCAUUGUACAGUUAAUGAAGUUGGAAGGACUUGGGAUCUUCAAUAUAUGAAAACAUUCGGUAAUUGUACAGUUAAUGAAGUUCGAAGGACUUGGGAUCUUCAAUAUAUGAAAACAUUCGGUCAUUGUACAGUUCGAGGAGUCCAAAGGACUUGGGAUCAUCAAUAUAUGAAAACAUUCGGUCAUUGUACAGUAAAUAUAGUCCGAAGGAUUAAAGAUUAUCUGUACGCUGACCAAAAGUUUUCAUACACAGCUGAACUGCAUUUCUAUACUAUUCAAUGUAUUUAUUUACCAUAUUUUUUGCAAAAUUUCUCUGUGAUAAUCCAAGAAAAUAACGCUGAAAAUGAAUGCCGUAUUAUAGCUUUUUUUGCCUAAGAUCUUUGUCCAUUCAGUUUUUCUUUUGUAUCUCACACGCAUCUCAUCUGCGUGAAUGUUGCAUUGAUCUCUGCCAACAUCUUAGUUUAUUUGUUUUAUAGGAAAGACAAGACUGCAAACACUUCUAAAUUGCACUAAUUUUAUAUAGAAAAGUAAACUUGAAUGUAUUUUAUCUUCAAAUGUUGUUUUUCAGAAGUUUGUAGGAAAAUAAGUGUUCAUAUGCACUAUUUCUCAUAGCUUCGGUGUCAAUGGUAGCGGCGCGUCAUUGUUGUGCAAUAUGUUGAACCUUGGUCAUAACUCUUAGAGAGUUCAAGAUGUUUAAAUGAAACUUGGUACACAUGAUGUCCGAGACAAUAUGCACAUUUGUAAUAAGGCUCAUGAAAAUGAUUUCUGAAUCUUUCUGGCUAAAAAAAUCAACUUCAGGCAAGCGCUUGUGUUCACUCCAUGGUGCUCUUGUUCAGAUUUGGUGCCAACCUUUUGAACCCAAAGAUUGUAGGAAUCUUGAUGCAUGUAACCUGCAGUGUGUUCAGUAAGGUGAGCAUUUACAAAACGCUAGCAAACAUUUUGUUUUGUAUCCCUGUUUUAACAUAGCGCAUACACUGCAAGCGGGAAAACUAACUGCAAACGUUUGCCACAAACAAUAACCCACACUUAUACAAUAAACCAUCUCUUUCUUCUACAUAGCCACCAAACCCAUUAUAAAAAAAAUAACAAAAAAAAAUGUUAAAAAAGCUUUAUACUAAUAAAAACUGAUAUGCAGAUUACCGGUACUUGAAUGCCAUUACCAAAUGAUAACAAUAAAGUACCUACAUAAAGCCUAAUAAAAAAAGCCUACCUGUUUGGGACAAUUUUAUUUUUUUAGUCUGAAAUCUGGGAUCAUUUUAAUGAUAAUUAAUAUAUAUAUGCUUGAUAAAUUUCUAAAACUAUAUAAUGUUAUUGUUGUUUAAACUGAACUGAAAUCGGAUGUGAAAUGACCUAUUUUGAAUUUUUCACCAACCAAAAUCGCUUGAUUGUCAUAUUAUCUUCUGUAUAUCUUUUACAUUUUCCUUUUCUGAAGGCAAAACCCUUUUAAAUGAUAACUAAAACAACACUGGGUCACCAAGCAUUUAAAAUUAACUCACUUGUAUUUUGGUUGCCCUCUUUUUUCACAGUUAUUUCGAGGUUAUUGUGCUCCAAGACCAAUAGGUGAAAAAUGUUUUAUGCAGCAUUUUUCUCUGAGAUGUUCAGCUUUAACAUUGAAGCGACUGUUUCUAACUACCUCUGUGGUUGGUUAUGAAUGGUUUUAUUGUUCUCUCUGGUGCUUCUUUGUUGUUUUAUUAUUUUUUUUAACUUACAAAUGUAUUUUAUAACUAGGGCCAUUAUUAAAAAAAAUUGUUUGCAGUAACCCCACCCCAAAUGUUUGGGUGUUGGUAGGUAGGUAGGAAUUUUUUGUUAAUACUUUUUCCUAAAGCAUGCAUCUUUUGGCUGCUUAUGCCCUUUGGCCAUUUGUACUUGUGAUAACAGCAAACAAACAUUUUUUUUCAGGAGUAGUUAAUUUAAAUUAUGAUUAAUUGUUCCCAAUAAUGGUUUCAUGAUACUAUAAAUGCCUUAAUGUUUAUAAUCAAAAUGCCAUACCUGUUUGCUUGCCAAAGAGUCUGUCUCGAUCUUUGAAAAUAUAUAUUGAUUGACUGGUUUUACACAAAUUGUAAUGUAGAAAGUUUAUGCGUGUGUGGAAAUAAGUGUAUUCAAAACGAUAAUUGACAUGACACUUAAUCGAUUUAAGACUCCCAUUAAUAAUGUUCUACUUUGUCUAACAAAAUCAUAUGUUGAUUUCCAAAUUCAAAUUUGUUUUUCAAAGUUUAUCAUGUGACUUGUAAAUCUUUCCAUUGGUUAAACAGUAAUGAAUAUUUAUAUCAAUUUGGUUGGGCGUCCUGUCAAUUGUCACAUGUGUUUGUCCUUUGGACUUAGUUAUAUUGUUAAUUUUAAUUUCAAAACUGUCCUGUUUUGCUUUUAUACAUGUAGACCCUCAGAUUUGCUAAUUUUCUUGAAUAUGUUCUAACAGUAUUAUUUAGUAUCGUGAAAUCCGACAUUUAUUUGUAAUUUUGAAAAAUCAUGUUUGAUCAUUCAUUUGGAAAACUGUUAUAAUUGUUGAUAUUGAGUUAUUAUGUUUUGUAUUUAACUAUUUUUUCAAUCUUAGUAUGCUUAAUAAGACCAGUGUUUUUUUUCUUAGCUUUUUGGGAAGCGGGCUAGGGCCAUCUGAUUGGAAAAAUGUGUCAUUUUGACUGAAAUUUGGAAUUCUAAUUGAGCUUAGAUAUAAACUAGAAUGUUUUAAAAGAUAUACACAAAAGAUGAAAAAAUGUGAUAAAGCAUUUUUUAAGAAUACACAAAUUCUUUCUUUUUAAAAUGGCUGGGGGGGGGGGGGUCUGAUACUGAUAAGUAAAUUUAUAUAUACAUAUUUAUUUAUGUUAAAAAAGAAAUAAAUAAGAAUUUUUAUUUGCGCCUGGAAACAAGUAUGUGUUUAAGCAUUGGGAAAGAUAUGGAAUUUCACCCCAAAAUUGGUAAGAAAAACCAACACUGGAGACAUUUUAUUAUUCUGCAUUUAUAUGUACCUACUGCUGCACAUGAUCUAAUUUUUCUGAUAGUAUAAUAAUUUAACUGUGAUGUUGCAAUAAUUUGCAAUACUUAUAUAGUCAUGAAUAUACAUGAAAAUGUUCUGAAUCAAUUUCAUAUUUAGCUCACCUGUUUGAAAUAAAAAUUGAGGUAUGGUCAUAAACCUUGUGUAGGUGUCGACAUUGUCGUAGUGCAACAUCUUGAACCUUUGCCGUACAUGUAGUUCAAAAACCUUUUCUGAUAUUCACAUUUCGAGGGCCUUUAACUUAAAUAACUAUUGAGUUACAUUCAUUGUUGGAAUAAAAAUUGUUUAACCUUUGCUAUAGUUAAAAAACAUUUCAGUUAUUCAAAUAAAACUUGGUACACAUUUUGCAGAAGACAAUAUGAACAUAUUGAAUAUUUUAGGCCUGUAAUUUCAAUAAUCAUCGAGUUAUAUACUUGUUGUUGGAAUAACAAAUACUUUUGUACUUAACCUUAUAGCUCCAAAUCCAUUUCAGAUAUUCAAAUAAAACUUGGUACUAACGAAAAAAAUUAUGCAAAUAUCGAAUAAGGCCUGUAACUUCAAUAAUUAUCAAGUUAUACUCGUUUUGGACCUAAAAAGUUCUUAACCUUUGCUAUAGCUAAAAAACAUUUCAGAUAAAUUCAAAUAAAACUUGGUACACAUUUUGCAGAAGCUUGAAUCUUGGUCCUUAUGUUGCCAGAGACAUUAUGCACAUGAAGAGCAAGGCCCAAAACUUAAGUAACCAUUGACUUAUGCUUCUGUUGGACUUUAAAUAUACCAGACGAGUGUUGGUCGUUGUACAGCGCUCUUGUUAAAAUAUUCACAAAAAGAAUGUAUGUUUAAACCCUUAAAAUAACUUUAACUGAUUAUGCAUUGGCAUCGGCUUAAUAACUAAAUGUCUGAAGCAAAGUUAUCAAGCAAAUUCAUUCAAUCUGUUCUUACUUUCAUGUUUUUUGUAAAUGUUCCCUGUAUUCAGAAUAGGAAAGGAGUUGUAUCGGAAUUAUGUGAUUUUUUUAUACAUUUGUUAAGCUGCAUUAUCUUGCCUGUUAACUUUGUUCCUGGCUGUUUGUGAAUCUGCAAUAUCUUGCCUGUUAACUUUGUUCCUGGCUGUUUGUGAAUCUGCAAUAUCUUGCCUGUUAACUUUGUUCCUGGCUGUUUGUGAAUCUGCAAUAUCUUGCCUGUUAACUUUGUUCCAGGCUGUUUGUGAAUCUGCACUAUUUUGCCUAUUGACUAUGUUCCUGAAAAUUUGUGUGAUGUAAAACGUUUGAUUAAUGGUGGAAGUUUGGGUGCUAUAAACAUUCUGUUUUUAAGCAUUAAAACUUAAUUUUAUAUUGUUGUAUCAGCCAGUUCAAGGUUUGUUUAUCAGAUGUUAUACCAAGAAUAUUUUUAGCUCACCUGAGCACAAAAGUGCCCAAGGUGAGCUAUUGUGAUUGAUCAAUGUCCGGCGUCUGUUGUCCAUCCGGAAGCAUCACAUUUGAAAACUUUUAAACAUCUUCUCCUCUGAUACCCCAUUGAUCAGUUCAAUGAUAUUUGGUAUGCGGCUUCAGGUAGUCAGGUCCUUUACCAAGAUUGUUUUAAAUUUUUCCCUGGUGUCGAAAGUUGCCCUCUCACAGGUGUCUUCUGUAUACUUACAUAGCAGUUUAUUUUUAAAAUCUUCUUCUCUUAAACUGCUAGUCCUAGACCCUUGAUAUUUGGUUAGCAGACUCAUGUAGUGGUCCUUUACCAAGAUUGUUCAAAUUAUUUCCCUGGCGUGAAAAAUGGCCCCCCGCACUAGGGGUCUCAGGUAUUCUUUAUGGUUAUUUAGUAAAGUUUUAGAAUAUCCUUUUUCUCUAGCUAUAUAAAAGAUACAGCUAAAACAUUUAUACCUGCUUAUACUUCCUGUUUAUAUUUUGUCACUAUGUCAAAUCAAAGAACUGACAAAAUCAGGUGAAAUGCUGAUAAAGUAGCGAAUAAACCUUCAAAAUGUUGUAAAACUUAACUUUGGUUGGGCUUGACCAGUAGAUGAUCUCUAUUGAUUUUACGGGUUAUGGGUCAAAGGUCAAGGUCGCGCAAAACUCUUGUCUGUGUGAUAGCUCAACAAUGCCUGCAUCAAUGGUCAUGACCCCUAUGGAUUUUGAGGUCAAAGGUCGAGGUCACAAUUCAUAAUUAUUGGUCAUUGAAAUUAUAUCAUAUUUACUUAAUCCCUGCUGCUAAGAGGAUACAUGUUUAUCUGCAAAGAUCAGUCAUCAUCUGAACAUGAUUUAAAACUCUACCUUCUAUUCCCACACUGAAGGCUGAGCUCUCAGCACUGGUGGGAGGGGGUGAGGCAAGUACUAGUAAAUGGGAGAUUAACAGUAAGUGAUUUAUUAGCUAACAAGCCCAUAAACUCAGGAGGCUUCUGUUAUAAACGCAUUGGACUGAAUGGAAGAAUCAGAUUCAAACCGCAAGGCCAAGACAUUUAAUAAUUAGUAUGUAGCCUCAAGUAUUGGCUAUUUACCGAGAUUGUUCAAAUAAUGUCCCUUACUACACUCUUGGUGUUUCAAGUUUUUAUAUUUAUAUAGUUAAAAAAUAAAAAAAUGUCUUUUCUGAAACUGCAUGGCACAGACCUUUGUUAUUUGUAAUGUGGCAUCAUUUAGUGGCCUUUUAUUAAAAAAGUUCAAAUGAUGCCUGUUGGUCAAAGCCAGCCACAUCAGUGGUUCCAGGUUUUCUAAAUACUUGUAUAGUGAAAUCUUUGAAAAUCUUCUCUGAAACACCAAGGCUCAGACACUUGAUCUUUGGUAUGCAGCCUUAUGUAGUGGUUGUUUACCAACAACCUUAAAAUCCACUGACUAGAUAUCAUGUCAUUUACAUCAGGUGAGCGAUAUAGGGCCAUGUUGGCCAUCUUUUUUCGCAAAUUUACGGGGUACUGACUAGAUUUUUCAGGUGAAGGAUUUAAGGCCGUGUUGGCCAUCUUGUUUCUCGUAUUUAGCGGGUUAUGCCAUAAAACAAACCAACAACUUGCCAAAUUGCUUACAGCAUUUGUUGUAUGUCUAAUGUCCCUGCUUUUGCUACUUUUUAUUCAGGUCAUUUCAAUAACACUGUUGUUAUUUACACUCCAGAGUUUGGUGUAUUUCAGGAUGCAUUUAUUGUCAAUAUAUAAAUAUUGAUACACGGUCCCAAAUGUUUUCAAAAAAAUCUUUUAUGUAUUUUGAAAUUUAUCAAAAUCCUGAUGAAAAAAAUGAAAAACCUCCAAUUUAAUUAUGUUACCAAUAGUUUUGCAUUUAAGUACUCUUUACAUUCAGUAAAAUAUACUACUCAAAAUUAGCCAUGGAUCACCUAUAAAUAAUUCACUUUCACUUAAUAUAAUUCUCAUAUAGGAAACAAACAGAUUUGUUAUACUUUAUCAAAAGUAUCAUAAGUAAUUGGAUAAUAACUAUUAGACACAAAGAAUAUUUGUAUGUAGUAAAAUGGCAUCAAAAUUGAUGUUAAGAUAUUAUUAUCAUUUAAUAGUGAGAAUUAUUAGAGGUAAAGGAAUUUUUAUAAACAUUUGUCAAAAAUGAACAUGUCUUAAAAUAAACUAACUAUUGAAAUUUCAUAACUUCUGGUAGAAAUCUGGUAAUUCUUCAACAGUCUUUUGAAAAGGACUAAUAACCCUUGUAUAAGUAUCGCUUAUCCAUGAUAUCUACCCUGUUGGUUAUUUUUAUGAAGACAUGUUAGAAGUAGCUGCUAUAUGCGAUCCAUAGGUAAUUUUGAGUAGUUUGAUAAUUAAUGCUGUAGAAAUUCAUUUUUUGCUGGGUAUUUAUUUAUCUGUAGAUGUGUUCAUGAUUAUAGUAAAACUGUUGGUGGUUUAUUUGUUUUAACUGCUCUGGUAGUAGCUUGUUCGUUUAUAUAUUUGAUUAGUUGUUGAUUUUAACAGUGAUUUAAUUAGUAAUCAAAAUUGCAAUAAAAAGGAUGAAUAAAGAUACAAUA